AUGAGCAACUCAAUGCGUGACUUCGUUGACGGUGAGGCCGAACUCGAUGACGAGGAUGAGGAGUCAAUGGACGAAGACAUCGUUUCUUCGCGCAGAAGGAACGCGGCCCCUGAGGAUUCUUCUGAAGAGGAAGAGGACGACGAGGAUGAGGAGGAGGCGCGCAAAAUCCGUGAAGGAUUCAUUGUCGACGAAGACGAAGAGGAGGAGGAAGGAGAGGACGAGGAUGCCCACGAGCGAAAGCGGAAGCGAGAGCAUCGUGACAGAGAAGAAGAGGAACAGCUCGACGAGGAUGAUUUGGAGCUGAUCGGAGAACAAAUCGAACGCCGAGCGCCCACACAGCCGAAGUUCAAGCGCCUCAAACGGGGGCAUCGCGACGAAGAUGACCGUGGCCCUGAACGACGUGGCUUGGAGGACAUGUUCUCUGAUGACGACGAGGAAGCCAACGACUCACGGCCCUACAACCGCUCCAACUACCGAUCCCAAGCUGACGAAUUCGACGAUUUCAUCGAAGAAGACUAUCCGGAGGACGAGGACGAACGGGCCCGCCAACUCGAAGAUGCUGAAGUCGCCCGACCCCGUGACAAAGGGGUGGGAGGUGUUGUUGACACCGCUGGUCUCGACAAAGACGCCCUCGAGGACAUGGAGGCCAUUUUUGGAAACGGAGAAGACUACGACUGGGCUCUUCAAAUGGAGGACGAAGAGGAGGACCGUGAGCGCGAAGAGCAGGUCAUCGAGCUCAAAGAUGUCUUCGAGCCAUCGCAGCUAAAGGAAAAGCUCUUGACCGAUGAGGACAAUCAGAUCCGAUUCACGGACGAGCCCGAAAGGUUCCAGCUGGACAGAAAGCCCUUCAAGCACUUGCAGAUUAGCGCCGAGCAAUUCAAGGAGGAGGCUCGGUGGAUUGCGGGUUUGAUGUGGCCCAAAAAGAUGCUCCAAUCCGAACUUCACGGACCCUUCACCAAGGCAAUCGGCAAGGUUCUCGAGUUCUUUGUUGUCGACGACGUUGAAGUCCCCUACGUCUUCCAACACCGCAAGGACUACUUGAUUCAUGCGAAGAAGACGAAGAAUCCGGACCAUCGCGACGAUCCCGAUGCCCCUGAAUGGAUUGUGAGUGCGGACAAACUGCUCACUCAGGAUGAUUUAUGGCGUAUCCUGGAACUUGACAUCAAGUUUCGGUCGCUUAUCGAGAAGCGGAACGCUUUGGAAAAGACACUCGAGAACCUUAAGGCGACUUCAAACGUCAAGGACGACGUGCUCGAAGACAUGAUUCCCCAGGCUGCGACGAUGGAGGAACUGCAAGACCUUCAAGACUACCUUCACUUCCAGUACGCUGCCGAGCUCAAGGAUAUGUCCUCGAUCAACGGCAACGGCAACCAAAUGAAGCGUCCGGGCUCAAAAUCAAAUCUCUUUGACAGAGUCAGGCGGAGCAAAGCUUUCGGUUUCGUCCGCGCCUAUGGUAUCACCCCAGAUCGUUUCGCUCAGAACACUCUUCGUGAAGGCAACAAGGUUUGGGCCGAAGACGACAGUCAGCUCCCGGAUGAUCUCGCCGACUCUCUCACCGAUGAGGAGUUCCAGACCGGCGAUACAGUCAUGUACGCUGCUCGUCAAAUGUACGCAGAGGAACUUUUCGUCAACCCUCGUAUGCGCAAGCAUUUCAGAGUCAAUUUCUACCAAAUGGGUGAGAUCAGUUGUCGCCGAACGGAGAAGGGUCUGAAGAAGAUCGAUGAGUCGCACCCAUUCUACGAGGUCAAGUACCUUAUCAACCAAACCAUUGCAGAUGUGGCUCGCCAGCCGGAAUUGUAUCUCAAGAUGAUGAAGGCUGAAGAGGAAGGCCUCGUUGAGGUUAAGCUUACAUUGGAGAAUGACGAAGGCUUCAGGCGCCAACUGCGCCAAGAGUUUAUUUCGGACAACUACAGUGAACUUGCUGAUCGGUGGAACGAGGAACGCCAAAAGGUGCUUGACCUUGUUGUCCCCCGCUUGUCCAAGGUCAUUGCCAAGGGUGUCAAAGAGUCGCUCCGCACCGCAUGUCAAGAAGAAGUCCUCAAAGCUUGCCGUGAGGAAUAUUCCAAGAGGCUCGAUCAAGCACCGUAUAAGCCCAAGGGCAUGAUCCUUGGUACGGUGCCUCGCAUCAUCACUCUGUCAAACGGUAUGGCGGACCCAGCUCGCGACCCCACAUGCUGGGUCUCGGUUGAGGAGGACGGCCGGGUUAUUGAGCAGGGCAAGCUAGGCAAUCUGGCCCGUGACGAGCGUGCUCGUGAAGAGUUCGUUGAAAUUGUCAACCGACGUCGCCCCGAUGCCAUUGGUAUUAGCGGAUGGUCUGCCGAUACCCAGAAGCUCGUAAGAGACUUGGAGAGCUUGAUCAGCGAGAAGGGUUUGAUGGGUCCCGAGUUCGAUGAUCCCGAGCUUGGCGAGUACCGUACCGAGCCGCUCGAAGUCAUCGUCGUGACCGACGAAGUCGCUCGUCUGUACAAAGACAGUCCUCGAGCGGUCGCCGAGCACCCUACUCUCAGCUCCCUGACAAGAUACUGCAUUGCCUUGGCGCACUACAUGCAAAAUCCCCUCAAGGAGUACGCGGCUCUCGGCAAGGAUAUAACCUCCCUAGCUUUCCAUCCUUGCCAAAAUCUGCUGCCUCAAGAGAAGCUUCUCAAGCACCUUGAAUCGGCAAUGGUCGACAUGGUCAAUCUCUGCGGUGUCAAUAUCAAUGAGGCCGUUGGCGAUUCUUACACGGCCAAUCUGUUACCAUAUGUCGCGGGUCUCGGUCCCCGAAAAGCCACUAGCGUCAUUAAAGCCAUCAACGCAAACGGCGGAGCUGUUAGUAGCAGAGAUGAGCUUGUCGGCGAUCCCGACAGCGGGAAGCUUCCGGUUGUGGGCCCCAGAGUAUGGAACAACUGCGCCAGUUUCUUGUUUAUCGACUACGACGCAACAAAUCCCACUUCGGAUCCUCUCGACAAUACUCGUGUUCACCCAGAGGACUACGAGUUGGGCCGGAAGAUGGCGGCAGACGCUCUGGAACUUGACGAGGAAGACGUCAAGGCGGAGACCGAUCACAACGGUCCAGGAGCUAUCGUUCGCAAGCUCUUCAAAGAAGACGAACAAGAGAAGGUCAACGAGCUUAUUCUUGAAGAGUAUGCUGAGCAGCUUGAGCGGAAUUACAGCCAGAGGAAGCGCGCCACACUCGAGACCAUUCGAGCUGAACUUCAGGCUCCUUACGAGGAGUUGCGCCGUAACUUUGCACCUCUCGGCCCGAACGAGAUCUUCACCAUGUUCACCGGUGAGACAAAGGAUACCCUAGCUCAAGGCAUGAUCAUCCCUGUCAACGUGCGGGUUGUCAAAGACGACUUUGCCAUCGUCAAGCUGGAUUGCGGCAUAGAAGGCCGCAUCGAGGCCCACGAUGGUCCAGAUGGCGUACGAGUCAGAGGUAUCUUGACCACUGGGCAAACUGUGCAAGCCAAGGUUCUCGAGGUAAAUUACAAGGACUUUCUUGCUAAGCUCUCUGCAAGAGAAGCCGAAGUCAAACGCCCAUACAAGCGCCCGCUUUACCACGGCCACGGGCAGUGGGACGAGAGGUUGGAGGCGGCAGAUAAGGAGGAGCUCCGCGAAAAGGACAAGAGCACCGGCCGCACCCAGAGAGUCAUCAAGCAUCCGCUUUUCAAGCCUUUCAAUGGCUUGGAGGCAGAGCAAUGGCUCGGUACUCAGGCCGCCGGCGAGGUUAUCAUCCGCCCCUCCUCAAAAGGUAACGAUCAUCUAGCCAUCACCUGGAAAGUUGCCGAUGGUGUCUUCCAGCACGUUGAUGUCCUUGAGCUCCAAAAGGAGACCGAAUUCUCUGUCGGCAAGCUGCUCAGGGUGGGCGGCAAGUUCACCUACAAGGAUCUGGACGAGUUGAUCCAUGAGCACAUUGAGGCUAUGUCCAGAAAGGUGGACGAAAUGAUGCAGCAUGAGAAAUUUGAGAAACGAUCCAAGACGGAUCUCGAGAAAUGGCUCACAACGUUUAUUGACGCCAACCCCAAUCGUUCUGCUUACGCCUACUGCAUUGAUCCUAAGCACCCCGGUUACUUCUGGCUUUGCUUCAAGGCCAGUCGAUCGUCAAGGGUCAACUCGUGGCCCGUCCGUGUCAUCCCUGGUGGCUUCGAGUUGCUUAAGCAGGCGUACCCAGAUAUGCGAGCAUUAUGCAAUGGCUUCAAGAUCCGGUAUCAAACGGAAAUUACAAAGUUGCAGAAGGGCGGUAGAUAG